CGAACGCCUCCCUUGUCAUAAAUGUCGAAUGUCGAUUCAGUCGAAGGUUUACGGAUGCAAUUUGAGAAAUAACAGCUGAAAAGAAUGGCAGAGGACUCUGUAGUUCGUUUUCUUAAAGAGGACUUGCCUAAAUGUGCAUUUCCUAUGUUUGAAGAUAUACGAAGACAGGGGAAGCUCUGUGAUGUCACGUUAAAGGUUGGAGAGAGAAAAUUCACAGCACAUAGGAUUGUGCUAGCUGCCAGUAUUCCAUAUUUUCAUGCUAUGUUUACCCAUGACAUGGUGGAAUCCAAACAAAAUGAAAUUACAAUGCAGGGCAUUGACCCAAGUGCGCUGGAGGCAUUGGUGAAUUUUGCAUACAAUGGCAGUGUAGAGAUUGACUCUAACAAUGUCCAGUCACUGUUGGUUGGAGCCAGCUUCCUACAUUUACAGUCUGUCAAAGAGGCAUGUUGUGACUUUCUCAAAAAGAGUCUACAUCCAACAAAUGUUCUUGGAAUCCGAUCGUUUGGGGACCAGUUUAUGUGCCAGUCAUUAGUGGAAUAUGCAAAUAAAUACAUCCAGAAACAUUUCAAAGAUGUUAUGGCGACUGAUGAAUUUCUAAAUCUCAACAAAUCUGAGCUAAUGGAGAUUAUAUCUCGAGAUGAGCUCAAUGUACAAUCAGAGGAACAGGUUUUUGAAGCCCUUUUAACUUGGAUUAAAAGAGACAAAGAGAUAAGGGAGUUAGCCAUGCCCGAGUUGAUGGUGAAAGUCAGGCUGCCUUUACUGACUCCUCAGUAUUUAUCUGAUCGAGUCGCUACAGAGGACCUCGUGAAAAAUUGUCUCAAAUGCAGAGAUUUGUUGGAUGAAGCUAAGGACUACCAUCUGAUGCCAGAGAGGCGUUCAUUGAUGCAGACCUUCAAGAUUCGUCCCAGGUGUUGUACUGAUGUACCUGGCUUGAUCUAUGCAGUAGGGGGCCUGACAUCAUCAGGGGAUUCAAUGAGCACUGUUGAGUGUUACGACCCCAUUACAAACAUUUGGAACUCGGCUGAAGAUAUGAAAACAGUGCGAAGCAGGGUGGGCGUAGCUGUACUGAAUGGGAGGCUGUAUGCAAUAGGUGGAUUCGAUGGAGAGGAAAGGUUGAGUACAGUGGAAGUGUUUCAUCAGGGUAACAAGAAAUGGAAGAAAGUAGCAUCAAUGAAUUGCAAGAGAAGUGCUCUUGGAGCUGUUGCAAUAAACAGAAAGCUGUAUGUUUGUGGAGGAUAUGACGGAGUAUCCUCCCUUAAGACAGUGGAGGUGUAUGAUCCAGAGAAAGAUGUGUGGACUCUUCUUUCCAAUAUGUUGAAGCACAGGAGUGCAGCUGGAGUGGCAUUUUUGGAUGGAGAGAUAUAUGCCUGUGGUGGACAUGAUGGACUUUCUAUAUUUGAUUCUGUGGAGAAGUACAACACCGCCACAAACACCUGGAGUUAUGUCACUCCCAUGUUAACAAAGCGCUGUCGACUAGGAGUUGUCUCCCUCAACGGUAAACUGUAUGCAGCAGGUGGAUACGAUGGCUCGGUAUUCCUCAACACAGUGGAGUGUUACGACCCCGUGAAGGAUUGUUGGACCUACAUCACCUCUAUGAGGGUCAGGCGUAGCAGGGUAGCCCUAGUGGCUACCUAUGGCAAACUGUACGCAAUUGGGGGCUACGACGGACUGGCUAAUCUGAACUCUGUAGAGAUGUACGACCCCGAGAAAGACACUUGGAAGUUUGUGCAGAGCAUGUGUGCACAUGAGGGAGGGGUGGGUGUGGGGGUGGUACCUGUCGAAGUUGACCUUGAUGGGUGAGGAUGUUGAAAGGUGUGAUGGUUGUAUGGUCUUGUCUCUUGUCAAAAUGUGUUGAAUGUAUGAAGAUUCUGUUUUAGAUGCAAGGGAGUUUUGCAGGCUCUUUUGUGGAUUUAAGUGACUGUAUGAGGAUUUCGUGUUGUACAGUGUGUGAUUGAAAUGUGUUGAGAAAUAUGUGUAUAUAGCAUAUACUUAUCCUUCAAAUACAAAACCUAGUAUACUGGCUGUGAUAGAUAAAAAAGCAGUUUUGAUAAAUACUGUGAGUAAUUUUUUGAAAAUAGAUCUCUACUAGUUUUGAAUCAAGAAGCUAUGAUCGUACUGUCCCAACGCAAAGUUGGUUUUUAUUAAAGUUUGCAUUCCUUUAACCAAUUGACUUCAAUUACUUGAAGCUAUAGGAGGAGGGACACUUUAUUAAAAGUGUACGUAUCCCAUGUUUUCUUUGUGAGAAGACCUGUUAUAAGAUCUUCUGAUAUUAAAAGCUACGCAUGUAUGGAAUAAUACUUUGAGGUCAAGAUAUUGAAUACUCAGUCUACUUUUUGCAUAUUUGGUAGAAGGUUUAUUGGUUUUGAAAUGGGCAUACAUUCUGUUGUGAUUGGGUUGAAUUUAUUUGUAAAAAUGAUGGUAUUUUAACUUGGAAAAUACUUCUGCAAAGGAAAGAAAAAAAAUCGUUGUUGAAACACUUUAUUUUUUGUUUGCAUUUGUUUUUUGCAUUGAUUUCUAUGUUGUAGUUUAGUUAUUUUAUAUUGUUUUCAUUAUUGUGCAAUAUUAAUAUCAAUUCAGACCAUGCCAUCAUGUUUGUUUUUUUGAUUAUCACAAGAAUGUAAAAUUGUUUGAUCUAUAUAGAUCACCAUAAUAAUGGACAAGCUUUCAGUUUCUCCAGAACUUUUCAUUAUUUCAAUCAAUCAGUCCUAGUAUUCAGUGUACAUGUACCAAUGCCUUGUCAAGCCAAGCUUCCGUAACUAUAACUUUUGUUGCGACUGUUUGGUGUACCUCUCUGGUUUUCAGAUUUUUGGCUGCCAUUUUGUCAUGUUGUAAAUUUUGAAUUUACCAGGUAAAUUUUGUAUUUACUGCUACCCAUUAAAUUCAAAAUUUACAACCUGACAAUUUCACAACUUUUGCAUUCCAAGCAGGCUAGCAGUAGCGUUUCUGAAACAAAUCUAGUUUUAAAUCCUGUUUUCCACUUUCUCAAAUUUUCUAGUCAAAUCAGAUAUUUGAUGUGUACAUAAGUUUUUGAAACAUUUAUAUUUCAUAGCAUUCAUUAAGUGGGAUUUAAUAUCUCGAAAUCCUGUUAUGAUUUUUCAACUCAUUUGUGUUUUUCUUUCUAACUCAAUUACUUUUUGUUCUUUUAUAUUGUACUAUUAUUGUGUUCACUAAUAAAAUUUUUACAAUUUGAAA